UUCCAGAGAGAGAGAGAGAGAGAAAAAGACGAACAAGUUAAAUCGGAGACGAAAACCUCCUAAACCCGACCCGUUUCGCAAUCAAAACUGCAUGUUUUUAAGGAACAAUUGAAUCAAUUUCAUUACCCUAAUUCCUCGAUCAAUUCCUUCCCCUCUCCACCAUUCACGGAGGGGGAUAAAUUCGAAGAAAAAACGAAAAAAAGGAAGCUUCUUUUUUUUUCCGCGAGAUUUUGGAUUAGCGAUAAUUUGCAGAGAAAUUGAAAAAGGCGACGAGCAUUCUGAUUUCUGUGGGAGAAAUAAAAUGAGUUGUGAUGAUUAUUAUACUUCUAAAAAGAGUGAUGACAUAUUCGAAGAUGUUUGUGGUCAGCAAUCUUCACCGUCGUCGAUCCUAAGCAUGUCUCGAGUCCGCUGCUUCCUCAACGGCCUCGAUUUCAAGAUACUCUUCUUCCUCUUCGUCUUCGUACCAGCUGUCACCUUCGGAGUAUACUGCCACGGUCAAAAAAUAACCUACUUCCUCCGCCCCCUAUGGCAGUCACCCCCCAAGCCGUUCACCCCCAUCACACACUACUACCACCCCAUCAUCCCCACCACCAGCCUCUGCCGCCUCCACGGCUGGCGGCCCCGGGAAUUCCCCCGCCGCGUAUUCGACGCAGUCCUGUUCAGCAACGAAAUCGAAAUGCUCAAGAUCCGAUGGAAAGAACUCUACCCUUACAUCACCCGUUUUGUCCUCCUCGAAUCGAACUCAACCUUCACCGCCUUACCAAAACCACUAAACUUCGCGGAGCACAAAUCCGAGUUCGAUUUCGUAAAAGCCCGUCUCAGCUACGGCGUAGUUUCCGGAGGGUUCCGGAAGGGCGAGAACCCCUUCAUCGAAGAAGCAUACCAACGCCUCGCGCUAGACCACCUCCUCAAGAACGCGGGGAUCGAAGACGACGAUUUACUAAUAAUGUCCGACGUGGACGAAAUUCCUAGUAGCCACACGAUCAACCUACUCCGAUGGUGCGAUGAAAUUCCCGACGUUAUCCAUCUCGAGCUCAAGAAUUACUUGUACUCGUUCGAGUUCCGCCACAAUCAGCUGAGCUGGCGGGCUUCGGUGCAUAGGUACAAACAUGGGAAAACAAAGUACGCGCAUUUCAGACAGUCGGAUUAUCUCUUGUCCGAUUCAGGCUGGCAUUGCAGCUUCUGCUUUCGAAAGAUUAGCGAUUUUAUAUUCAAGAUGAAGGCGUAUAGCCAUAACGACAGAGUGAGGUUCAGUCAUUUUCUUGACCCGAAGAGGAUUCAGGAUAUUAUAUGCAGAGGGGCCGAUUUGUACGACAUGUUGCCGGAGGAAUAUACUUUUAGGGAUAUUAUUGGGAAUUUAGGACCGAUUCCUCAUUCGUUUUCAGCCGUUCAUUUGCCGCCAUAUCUAUUGGAGAAUGCAGAGGAGUUCAGUUAUCUUUUACCUGGGAAUUGCAUAAGAGAAGAGAGAUGAGAAACAGAGGAUAAAAACUCCAUACUUCAUGCAAGAAAAAGAGAAGCUUUUUGCUUCCAUUUUCUUGAUUAUAUUUUUUUUGGGGGGGGGGGGGGGGGGAAUGACU